GAUGAAGGAGGGUCGCCAAGCUUACUGAAGGGGCACAUGCUGGUUAGCAGUUGUAGAGCGUUCCGCGUCGGAUGAGAAGGCUUCCGGAUGGAUUUGAUCAAUUGCGGUGAAUGAAGAGGCGGUGAUCAUAAGACGGAGGCGUGAGUGGGAAGGGUACGACGGAGGACGAGAUCUCGGGUUGUUUUACAUCCCGCUGAGCGUAGCGAUGACAGACAAGAUGGCUUGACUAAUCGUCUACUCCUGCCGUCGUCAUGAUCACAAGGGACAGAUACGACACGGACUUCCGACAAUUGGGGCUUCAUCCAGGGCUGUAACAGGACUGCAGCGGGCGUUGCGUGUCGCGGGUGCUGAUAGGCCCGGGCCUGCGACGAGCAAGGCUAUGCGCUUCGCAUCGACUUUCCCUCCGCUCGUCAACCUUCUAGAAAAUGGGCCAUGGGGGUGGAGAUUGCAGGGACGGGGACGCGGCCGCUCUCCGCGUCUGCAGCAUAACUGUCGCAUGCCGCCUUCGCCCGCGGUCGUCGAGAAAUGCAAAAGGGCGGAAUGGACGGUCGAUUCCUCCGCUGACUUGUCGCAAUGCUCCUUCAGAUCUGUCCGCGCCAUCGAUUCAAGCAAAGAGAGGAGAGGGAGUUGAGGGUGGCCAGUGGGGCCCACACGACGUUACUACAAUUAACCUCCCGCCGCCGAUGGUCUCGCCGCGCCCCUGGCACCCUGCACGAGCGUUAAGACAACUGCCGAACACACAGCAAACUAUCCUUCCGUGUCGCAUCCCUUUGCCUGACACAUUUGUACACGACUCAGCACGCCCUCGCCCGUUCUUCACCGCGGCCAGCCGACGUUGUCUGCACAAGCCCCGUCUAUGUAUGCGCCGUCGCUGGCACAACCAUCUGAUCUAGCCCCCCGUCUCCCUCAUAUAUACUACACUACAUCC